AUGCUACGCAUCGCGUUUGUCGCGUGUUGUUUGUGCACCAUGGGUGUGUCCGGCCAAUACGAAUGGCAAGCGCGCGACCCCUUCGACGAAAUCUGGCGAGCCAUGCAAAGGGUGAACAAAGACAAUUGCGAAAUCCAACACGUCGGCGAUCUCUACCUGCCCGAAGACUCCGUCUCCCAUCUGCCCGACAUCAAAGACAUCAACAUCAAUCCGGUGUUCCCCAACAGAACGCAACUGUUGCACCUCCACAACAUGGCCAUGAACAGGGCCUUCUUCUGGUCCUACAUAUUGCAAAGCAGGUUCAUCCGGCCCGCCAUCAACGACACCUACGAUCCGGGCAUGAUGUACUAUUUCCUAUCGACCGUAGCCGAUGUCUCCACCAACAAGCACAUCAACGCCAGCGCCGUGUACUUCUCGCCAAACAUGUCCUACUCCAGCUCCUACAGGGGAUUCUUCAACAAAACCUUCCCUCGAUUCGCGCCGAGGACCUUCCGAGCCGACGAUUUCAACGAUCCCAUCCACUUGGAGCGCAUCUCCACGUUGAACACCUUCACGGUGCACGAUUUGGGCGCCAUCAAACCGGACACCAGCGACGAUUACACCUCGGACUACUACAGGAUCAACGAGUGGUUCAAAAAGUGGCUGCCCGACGUAGUGGGUCAGAGGCACGACACCAAAACCACCUACCAGGUGGAGAUCCGUUACGCCAACAACACGAACGAAACGUUCACGUUCCACGGGCCCCCCGGCGCCGACGAAGUGCCGGGCCCCGUCAAAUGGACCAGGCCCUACUUCGAUUGCGGCCGGUCCAACCGGUGGCUGGUGGCCGCCGUGGUGCCCAUUGCGGAUAUCUAUCCCAGGCAUACCGGUUUCAGGCACAUCGAAUAUCCCACUUAUACAGCGGCGUCUGUGGUCGAAAUGGAGUUCGAAAGGAUCGAUAUCAACCAAUGUCCCGUUAGUAUGGGUAACAAUGGACCCAAUAAGUUCGCCGAUACGGCUAGGUGUAAAAAAGAAACUACCGAGUGCGAACCUCUCAACGGUUGGGGUUUCCGGAGAGGAGGCUACCAAUGUCGAUGUAGACCAGGUUAUCGUCUACCAUUACAAAGCAGGCGACCCUAUCUAGGCGAAAUAGUGGAAAGAGCUACGGCAGAACAAUAUUACAACGGCUUCGACUGCCAAAAAAUCGGAUGGAUCCAAAAGCUGCCGGUGCAAUGGGAGAAAUCCGACAGGUACCUCAGAGAGGAGGUGCUCGACAAGUACCCCGAGUACCGCAAUCAAACGUUCGGCCCGUCCAGCCUGAGCCAACCGCAACUAAACAUCCAUCGAGUGCUCGACUACAUCUUGGGCAUGAACAAAGACAACUGUAAACAAUACAAACCCGAGGAUCUGAUGUUGUACGGCGGCAUCAUGUUCGGCGCCGAAGAGUUCUUCGACAACGAGGCCAAAAUGGCCCUCAGAUUGGCCAACUUCAUCAGCGCCUUUCUCCAAGUGUCCGAUUCGCGCGAGGUCUACUCGGGCAAGCGCGUCGCCGACAAGGACCUCACCGAGGACCAAAUGGUCGGCGAAACGUUGGCCCUGGUGCUCGGCAACAGCCGCAUCUGGUCGGCGGGCACCUACUGGGACCGCAACAAGUUCCCCAAUCGCACCCUAUUCGCGCCCUACGCCUACAAAAAGAUCCUCAACACGAGAAAGUUCAACGUCGAAGACCUGGCGCGGCUGAACAAGUCCGACGAGGUCUACACCAACACCAAUUGGUUCAAGUUCCUCAAGUACCGGUGGGCGUCGAACUUCGACAGCUUGGAGAAGUUCUGGAUGAAGAUCCGGAUCAGGUUCAACGAGACGGGCGAGAGCACCAUCAAAUUCGAACGGUUCCCCACCUACUACAGGGGCGCGCGCUUGGAGCACGGUUAUUGGAGCCAGCCCUUCUACGAUUGCUACGGCAAAGUGCCCAUGUGGAAGGUCAUGUACGCUGCACCGUUCUUCGGUUGGGACAGUCUCAAAGCCAAGCUCGAAUACAAGGGCGCUGUCACUGUUACGAUGGAUUUACUCAAAUUGGACAUCAACCAAUGCCCGGAUCCCUACUACACCACCAACGCCUUCGAAGGUACCGAAAAAUGCGACCACAAAACCUCAUAUUGCGUCCCCAUCCAAGGGAGAGGCUUCGAAUCGGGAGGGUACAAGUGCGAGUGCAAGCAGGGCUUCGAGUACCCCUUCGAGGACCCCAUCACCUACUACGAUGGGCAGUUGAUCGAGGCGGAGUUCACCAAUCUCGUCGAUGAUAACGAGACGCGUUUCAACAUGUUCAAAUGUCGAUUGGCGGGCGCCGGUCACGCGCGCGUCGACGUCGCGACGCUGCUGUCGGUGUUGAUCGUUACGUUCGGUUUGUACGUGUUCGGUUAG